AUGUCUUUAAUAGUUAGAUCGAAUCCAAAUUCUCGUAGAGAUCUGCUGUCGUCGAUGCAAACUGAUCAGGCAAUUCAUGUCUACGUUCGUCUUGUAUUCCUUCGAAUAGGUGAAAUCGAUACUCUCAAUGAGAAAUAUCAAGCUCAUGCGUCCAUCGAAUCUCGAUGGGUGGUUACAAUCGAUCGAUUUUCUUCCAUCGAACAAGAUCAGUUGCUCAGUGGAAAGUCUGUUGCUCUUGAGAAAUACGCUGAAACCAACUGGCAUCCUCAACUUUACAUUGAAAACAGUCUCGGUGACCUCAAAGAGCAAAUAAAAUACACGGCAAAACUGAAUCGAAUUGAGAAAGAAGUUUAUAUUUGUGAACAUCGCAUAAUCAAAGGUCUCUUUUGGGAAAAACUUGAGUUGUAUCAUUUUCCGAGCGAUGUACAAGAUUUAUCGAUUUCGAUCAGUUCGAUGUUCUUCAACGAUAAAGUUCUUCUAUUCGCCGAUCCGUAUUGCUUAAGCGGAGUCAAUCGAGAAGCAUUUGUUGAUCAGCAAGAAUGGUCGUUGUAUGAACAUGUCAAUACAGAACAAAGAUUCAUCAGAGAUUUCCUCUUUCGCACGGUUGAUGAUGAAAGCGAUGAGAUGAUCAACGGGAAAGAAGAUCGAAAACGACCGGUGUUAACGGUCACUUGUCAUGCUGCACGUCAAUCCAGCUACUUUUUUUGGAAUGGAUAUUUUCUUAUUUUUAUGAUCACUUUCGUCUCGUUUUGUACUUUUGGCAUGCCCAUGCAGUUUUCAAUCAAUCGUCUUCAAGUGUCAUGCACACUUCUGCUAACAUCCGUGACUUUUCGUUGGACGGUUAAUCGAUCACUCCCAACCGUUUCUUAUCUGACUUCAUUGGAUAAAUAUGGAAUACUGUGUAUGCUCAAUCUUGUCGGUCAUUCUAUUUGGCAUGGUAUCAUUAGUGUAAUUACAUGGGUGCGCACAGCAGACUAUCGAGUGCCCGGUGAACUCUGGAUUGCAAAUGUCGAUCAUGUAGCGUUUUAUAGUUUUAUUGGAAUUUUUAUCACAAUGCAUGUUAUCAUGAUUAUUUGGUUUGUUUGCGUUCCACUUAGAUAUCGUAAACAAAUGAAACACAAUGAUGUUCGAUAUCGGGCACGAGUAUUGGAAAUGGCGAAUAAUAUGGAUUCACGAGGAUUUUUAUCUUCUUCUAAUAGUCAUGUCACGAUGAGUACAUUCUAG